CAUAUUUAAAUGCGAUCAUAUUAAAUACGCUCGUACGAACAAGGAUACGAUUUGAGCAUAUUAGUGAUCUGUAACUGCGGAGGCCUGUUGCAGUGAAUGCAACCAUCCGCUUACGUUCUAGUGUUGUGUGCGCGGAGAGGUCUUCGGUAGAUGGACCGUCUGCUUCUGUCAGAACGAUUGCAAAAUUCAUAGCUCGGCAAAGUGCUACCCUUCUACGGUGGUCCACUGGAGACGGUCUCCUUUUCAUUGAACAUUAGCAUCUUUCUGAGAUCUCUGCUUAUGCUCUCCUACAGAAAACGUGCACGGUCGACGAGUUUAGCAACUGCUUCUACGUGUUCUUUGUUCUACGCCUUCUCCUUCCCGUGAUUCUCUUCGUGUUGGAUUCAUUUAGUUGAACGGAUUUCUCUGACGGAACGAAAACGACACACAUACCGCAAAAUGCCUUCCAGUGACCCUUUGCCACCGAAGGAAAGUGCCCUGUUCCGUAAGAUACUGAAAUGUUACGAAAUGAAACAAUACAAAAAUGGACUGAAACUGGCCAAGCAGAUACUCUCUAACCCGAAGUUCACUGAACAUGGCGAAACACUAGCUAUGAAGGGUUUAACGCUAAACUGCCUCGGACGCAAGGACGAAGCGUACGAUCACGUUCGCCGUGGGUUGCGGAAUGAUCUGAAAUCGCACGUCUGCUGGCAUGUGUACGGGUUGCUGCAGCGAUCGGACAAGAAGUACGACGAAGCGAUCAAGUGCUACCGAAAUGCACUCAAAUGGGAGAAGGACAACAUUCAAAUAUUGCGUGAUCUGUCGCUGCUGCAGAUACAAAUGCGCGACCUAGAGGGCUAUCGGGAAACACGGCACCAGCUGUUCAAAUUACGACCAUCCCAGCACGCCAGCUGGAUUGGCUUUGCGAUGAGUUACCAUCUACUCGGAGACUACGAAACCGCCAUGAACAUACUGGAAACGUUCCUCUCGUCACAAACUAUGGACACGUUUGAUUACAAGCAUAGUGAACUGUUGCUGUACCAGAACAAUGUCAUCCAGGAGGCCGGAAAUUACGAACAGGCGCUGCAGCAUCUGAAGGACUGCGGGGCGCAUAUAUUGGACAAGUUGGCAGUGCAGGAAUCGAUGGGUGCACUGUGCCUUAAGCUUGGGCGUAACGAGGAGGCGGUACCCAUCUAUAAAGAGCUGAUCGAACGAAAUCCGGACAACACGGAGUAUUAUCGAAUGCUUAUGGAAGCCCGCAAACUGUCCGAUACGACAGAUUUGAUCGAGGCGUACCGCGCGUUGCAGGAAGAGUAUCCGCAAUCGUUUUGCGCUCGGCGGCUCCCGCUUGAUAUUGCUAACGGGGACAAGUUUAAGGCAUUGACGGAUGAGCACUUGAGACGAAAUCUUCGGAAAGGGGUCCCACCGCUGUUCGUUAACCUGCGCUCUCUGUACCGUGAUCCGGAAAAGGUGAAAAUAGUCGGUAAACUGGUAGAAUGCUAUUAUCAAAAUUUAAUUAGUAGCGGUUACUUUUCUGCCGAAGACGCCGCUAACCCGGACGUACGGAAAGAACCGGCAUCGGCGCUCCUCUGGACGAUGUACUACCUCGCACAGCAUUACGAUUAUUUGCGAGAGUCGGAAAAGGCCCUGGACUUUAUCAAUGCCGCGAUUGAACAUACGCCCACAUUGAUCGAACUCUUUGUGACCAAAGGCCGGAUCUACAAGCAUGCGGGCGAUGUGCUGGAAGCGGUGAAGUGGCUGGACGAGGCACAAAGUCUUGACACGGCGGACCGGUACAUCAACUCCAAGUGCGCCAAGUAUAUGCUACGUGCCAAUCAGAUCAAAGAGGCGGAAGAGAUAUGCGCCAAGUUUACGCGCGAAGGUGUAUCGGCGAUGGAAAAUCUCAACGAAAUGCAGUGCAUGUGGUUCCAGACCGAGUGUGCACUUGCGUACCAGCGGCUCGAAAAAUGGGGUGAUGCGUUGAAGAAAUGCCACGAGAUCGAUCGGCACUUUUCCGAGAUCAUUGAGGAUCAGUUCGAUUUCCAUACCUAUUGCAUGCGGAAGAUGACGUUGCGAUCUUACGUGGGUCUACUAAGGCUUGAAGAUGUUCUGCGAAGACAUCCAUUUUAUUUCAAAGCGGCUAAAUGUGCAAUUGAGGUUUACUUGCGUCUGUUCGAUAAACCUUUGGCCGCCGAGUCAGCCGUGGAAGAAUUGGAUAUAGAAAACUUGCCAGCGCCGGAGCUAAAAAAGCUGCGCAACAAGCAACGAAAAGCGCAGAAAAAGAAGGCCGAACAGGAAAAUGCUCAAUCAAAGGAGAAUCAGAAGAAGGAACAGCAUAACAAGAAGCAGCUUUACCAGGAUGGGGAUCCCGAGGCACCACAGCUGGACGAACUAAUACCGGAGAAGCUCGCCCGUCCAGACGAUCCGCUGGAGAAGGCAAUAGAAUUUCUGAAGCCAUUGCAACAGCUGGCCAAAGACAAUAUCGAAACGCAUUUGAUGGCGUUCGAGAUUUACCUCCGACGUAACAAGUUGCUGUUGAUGUUACAAUCGCUGAAGCGCGCCCGAAAGAUUGAUCCGGACAAUGCGAUUCUUCACAGUUGCAUCGUUCGGUUUUACCGGGUGUUGGAGCAGCGCCUUGCAUCCACGGAUAAUGCCGUCGACCCAAGUGUUCGUAUCGUGAUCGAUCGGGAACGGGAAAAUCUGUUUCACGGUGAACCAGACGCUAUUGCUUUAAAUGAUGCUUAUCUGAAAGCGAACCGCUGUAACUCGGAUGCUGUGUACGAAGUGGCAAAGAUAAUGUACACUCUGGACGAGAAACGACGUGACGAAGCGAUCACUGUCAUGGGGACCAUCGUAUUAGACCAAAAGGUUCCUUUGGAGAAAGCGACAAAACUAUUCCUGUUGCUCAAAUCAGGAUACUUUGGCCAGUGCGAAAAAGAGCUGAAGGCAUUCAAGUUGCUUUGCCAGAAACGGUACCCACUGGCGGUGGUAUUUGCUGACGUGACAGCAGCUCCAGUCACGACACUGACAACGACUCAGUCGUCCAAUGCGGACAACACCCAGACUACGGUAACGGAUAGUGGUAGCUCUCGUUGCGUAGUGAUGUCUACCAGUGAACAGCCGUUCGGUAAACAGGCGCUGGCCGACAAAUCUUCAAAAAAGCAGAAAAAUGGGCCCGAAAUUAAAGCGAACUAACAGUUAUUCAUCCAGCCAUUCAGAAAGCUAUCAAACGCCGAUGCAGUAACGAUGCGUGUCGUUUCGGUCUCCGUACCGCUGUAAUCUUGAUCAUUUUCAUCACUUUUGUCAUCCAAGCUCUCGUAUGCCAGGGCUCCAGCGGUAGGGCAGCCAAGAUGGAAACGAUUGGAGAGAAGUUUGUCAUCAGGAAGGGAGGGUGAGAACAACCUCUCUUACUCAGCACCAUCCAAAUCCUCAAAAUGCAAUAGAGAUGCUUGUUGGCAGUUUUACUUUCUUCGCCGAAACGCAUAUUGUGUCCUUCUUUCGUUUGAUUGUGAAAAUGAAACUAAAAUAGAAAAAAUAGAAACGCAAUAGUCGAAAAAUACGCUCGCGUGCGAGUUCCAUUUUUUUUAGCAUACAAAACAGGGAUAGGGGAUGUUAAUUUUAAUUGUAAAGAUGUCUUUUACUUUGGUGUGCAUU